CCGAUAUUUAUAAACCAAUAUUUCUAGCUAAUGUAUCUCACUUCGUUUCGUCUCAUAAGUCAUAAACCCUGCUGCGUGCAACUCUCUCUCGUGUUUUUCACGAAAAACCCUAGCCCCUUUCUUUUCCAUCUCUAUCAACACAAAUCAACGACGCAUAAACGAUGACAGGAGAAACAGUUAAUCCAAAAGCUUACCCUUUGGCUGAUGCCCAGCUUACAAUAACAAUAAUGGAUCUUGUUCAGCAAGCUGCUAAUUACAAGCAGCUCAAAAAGGGUGCCAAUGAAGCAACUAAGACACUUAACAGGGGUAUUUCUGAGUUCGUUGUGAUGGCAGCAGAUACUGAACCUCUUGAGAUUCUUCUUCAUCUUCCUUUACUUGCUGAAGAUAAGAAUGUUCCCUAUGUAUUCGUCCCAUCAAAACAAGCCCUUGGACGAGCAUGUGGUGUGACCAGGCCAGUAAUUGCGUGUUCUGUGACAACUAAUGAGGGAAGUCAACUGAAAUCUCAAAUACAGCAACUAAAGGAUGCUAUUGAGAAGUUAUUAAUCUGAAAAAUGGAUUUCGGUAUGACGGGCUUCUUGAGUUUGCUGACUGCUCCUUUUGAGGCUUUGACUGGACUAGUUGUGUUCAACUGGGAAAGGUGCUUUAUAUGUAAAACUACAUUAAUAUCUAUGUCUACUGUUUGAAGAUUGAAAGUGCAAUUUUAAGUUGGUGCGUGUGCAAUGCUUUGAACUGGUGUAUUAUAAGCUGUUUCAAUGUUAGUCUUUUGGUUUAUAUUAAAAAGCGUGUAGACGCCCCGAUUUGCUACAAACUAACAUAAGUAAUUCUUCAUCUUUCUUUGCUACA